UUCAUAUUUAUCGAUGUAAUCGAUUGCCAUAUGUUUUCAUCGUCCGUGUCGUGGACUUUAACCGAAGAUCAUUCAACAGUGUGCAGUCAAGCCGUGUCUGAAUUGUGUGCCAAGUUUUAUAGAUAUGUUUGCUACUAAUACAACUACUCGUGGACUAUUGCGUACCAACCUUUUCCACCGUUGUAAGAGUACAUUGGUGGUAGCUGAACACAAUAAUGAGGCUCUUAAUCCAGUUACAUUGAACACUAUAACUGCUGCAAAGAAGAUCGGUGGUGACGUCACAGUGCUAGUGGCAGGCACUAAAUGCGGUCCCGCUUCCGAAGCUGUUUCCAAAGUCGAAGGUGUUGCAAAAGUGUUGGUGGCUGAGAAUGCUGCUUUCAAAGGCUUUACAGCUGAAUCCCUUACACCUCUAGUUUUGGCAGCACAAAAUCAAUUUAAAUUUACACACAUUUUGGCUGGUGCCACAGCUUUUGGCAAAAAUGUAUUGCCUCGCGUUGCAGCCAAAUUGGAUGUUUCUCCCAUAUCUGAAAUCAUCGAUGUUAAGAGUGAGGACACAUUUGUGCGCACCAUUUACGCUGGUAAUGCUAUCUUGACAUUGCGUUCUAAGGAUCCUGUAAAAGUUAUCACUGUACGAGGCACAAACUUUGCACCAGCUGCAGCAACGGGCGGCAGUGGAGCUGUUGAACCAGCACCCGCCGGUGAAUACGCUCAGAAUCUAACUGAAUUUGUUAGCCAAGAAUUGACAAAAUCAGAUCGUCCUGAGUUGACUGGAGCCAAAGUUAUUGUAUCUGGAGGUCGCGGUUUGAAAUCUGGUGACAAUUUUAAAUUGUUGUAUGAUCUUGCUGAUAAAUUCGGAGCUGCUGUAGGCGCUUCUCGUGCUGCCGUCGAUGCUGGUUAUGUGCCCAAUGAUUUGCAAAUUGGCCAAACUGGCAAAAUUGUUGCACCCGACCUAUAUAUUGCAGUGGGUAUCUCUGGGGCUAUUCAACAUUUAGCCGGUAUGAAGGAUUCCAAAACUAUUGUAGCCAUCAAUAAAGAUCCCGAAGCUCCCAUAUUCCAAGUUGCUGAUAUUGGUUUGGUAGCAGAUUUAUUCAAAGCUGUACCUGAAAUGACCGGAAAGUUGUAAACAUAUGCCUACCAGUAUAUGCAAAAACAAAUUAAACUUGUGGUCGAUUGAUUGGAGUAGAUUCUAUGCGAAUAGUGAGAUUGGUCAAGUGCAUUUAUUAUUGAAAUAGUUAAAUAAAUAAUAUUAGGAUGAACGAUUUUUAAAAAUCAUGGAUAUAAUAAGUAACAAAUAUUAAAUUUGUGUUAUAUUUUCGAAAAUAAA